AAAAAUUUGGUCAAGUAGGUAUACAAAAAAAAAUAGUAGGUACAUUUUCAGGUUUGACCUCUUGAAAAAUAAUAUUCCAAAUAAUACACAUUACAAUUGGCAAAUUUUUUCAAUUUAAAAAUUUUUAAAAUUGUUUUUUCUCGAAGAUCAUUUUUAUUUUAAAGGUUUUUCUUUGAAAAGAACUCGACUCCCAAAAAAUUUGCUACCUAUACCUACGUGAUAUUUACCGAAUCGAACUUUGCUUACCUACACGUGAGGAAAUGGUGCCUAAUAUCAUUCGGAGCUACCAAGUUCAUUCACUUCGAUAUCUCGUCAAUUAAUUUUAGAUAAAUUUUUUUACAUUAUUUUCUUCGUAUUUUUGUUAUUUUCUAUAAGGAACUUCAAUUUAGGAGAAAUUAGAACAACUUUCGAUAAGAAUAAUCGGUACGGUCUGAAAAAAAUAUUACAAUUUGAUACGCUCCAUGACUAUUCUACCUACAUUAGACCACUUGGGAUGCUCAUAGUGGAAAAUUUUUCAAUAUUUUAUAAUUUUCACAUAAAUUGUAAUAUUUUUUCAUCAGAUUUAAAUAUUAUCUGAAUAAAAACUGGUACCUAAUGCAUCUAAAUUAUUUUCAUUAGAACUCGUCGUGUUCGUCGAUGAAAUAAGUCGAGUGUUGUUUAGGUGUAUUUAUCGUAAUAGAUUCAAAAUGAGAAGUUUAUUAUGGAUUGUGGUUUUUGUGAUGGUUUCAAUACGUUUUUCUACGUCGCAGAAUUUUUCAGAUGCAAAUUAUGAAAUCGUUCAAAAUGGAGUUCUGAAUUUGGGACUGAAACUAAAUUCGAUUCUAUCAGAAAAUAAUGUAGAAAACAAAAACAUUCUUUUUUCACCGCUGAAUAUUUACACAAUUUUGAGUCUCCUUCACCUCGCCAGCAAUGGCAGUACUCGAGAUGAAAUUGCCAGUGUUUUGGGAAUACCUGCCACUUAUUCGACAUAUACUUUCCAUCAAGCAUUGAAAACACUAUCUUUAGAGGCUCAAAACAGUUCAGGAUUCGAAUCAUCCCUCAAAAGUGACCUCAAACCUGAAACAAAAGCAUCCAAUUUGAGCUUAGCCAAUGGAAUUUUCGUUCAGAAGGGAAUUGAUAUAAAAAAAACUUACGUUGAAGACGCUCAAAGAUACUAUAACGGUGAAAUACUCGAUGUUGAUUUCUCAAGAGAUAACAAACAAGCUCAAAACACAAUCAAUAAAUAUAUUGCCAACAAAACUGAAAACCAAAUCACGGAAUUACUCAAGGAACCUCCAUCGCAAAGUACCAUACUGAUGUUGACCAGCAGUCUGAAUUUCAAAGCUAACUGGCUCGAAAUAUUCCCUGAAGUGUUGACCAAACCGGAAAUUUUCCACGCAAGCCACGGCAACAUCACAGUUCAAAUGAUGAGCAAUCUAUUUUCCAACGUGUCAUACGCAAAAAUACCAUCACUAGGGGUAGAGGCCGUAGAACUGAAGUACGUCGACAAAUUAUUCUCCAUGUACAUAGUCCUACCCAACACGAAUCGACCCUUGAAGCAAUUCUUACGCGAUCUGAAUACCGAAGCGAUCAAUAAAAUAAUUAACGAAAUUGGAAAAUCAGACAAAGCAGAUAACAAACUCAAAGUAGGCUUCAAAUUACCCAAAACCGCGUUCAAAUGGUCUCAGUCUAUCAAGAAUCAGCUCAUAAGUCUCGGACUCGCAGAUAAACAAGUUUUCCAGUCUCCAGAUCUCGCAAACAUGAUCGAUGGAAGAAAUAUCCAAGUUAGCGAUAUCAGUCACGGUGCUGAUAUCAAAAUUAAUGAAUUUGGCACCGAAGCUAGUGCAGCUUCAGCAGCUAAAGUUAUGAAGAAAAGUGGCGGUGAUAGCGUUGUUUUCCACGUCGAUAGACCGUUCUUUUUCUUCAUUUUUAAUCGUAAAAUCAAUACUGUGCUAUUCUUUGGCACCGUGUAUGAUCCAAAUAUGAAAUAGUAAUCGAAUUGACUGGAAUAAAUGAGGACUUUUCUCCAAUUCUGGCAAAAAAUCGGGUCUUUUUCAAAUUUCUGACAAAAAUCAUAAUUUCUUUCAAAUCUUGAAAAAAAUCAGAACAUUUUUGAAUUUCUGGCAAAACGUUGACUCUUUAGGUUCUCUUGCUUAAAAAACUCAAUUUUCUCAAAUUUAUGGCAAAAAUUGGGAUAAAAAAAUCUUGCUAGAAUCAGGAGUUUUAUCAAUUUCUGACUAAAAAAUCAGGACUUCUUAAAAUCUCUCGUUAGAAAAUCGAGACUUUUUCGCAUUUCUGGCAAAAAUCAGGACUUUUUUCAAACUCUGGUUGAAAAAUCGAGAGUUUUUUCUUUCUGAUAAAAAUCAUGACUCCUUUGAAAUCCUGAAAAACAAUAAAGGAACUUCUUGACUCUGGCAAAUAACCGAGGCUCUUUUCAAUUUCUGGAAAAAAAUCUUGUCUUUUUUGAAAACUCGAUUAAAAUCAGAACUUUUUUUUUCAAUUUAUGGCAAGAAAAUCAGGAUUUUUAAAAACUUCUGGUUAGGAAAUGGAAACUUUUUCGAAUUUCUGGUGAAAAUCAGGACUUUUUUGAAAUCUUAAAAUUUUAAAAAAUCAGUUUUUUUUAAAAUUUUGCAAAAAUUCAAGAUUUUGGACAAAAAAAUCAGGAUUUGUUUGCAAUUAUGACAAGAAAGUAGGACCUCCUCCUGCUUACUCACUAACUCACUCAUUCACUACACACCCCACAAAUUCAUGAUCAUUUUAUAUAGAAAAUCUUGAGCUAAAUCUGAGCCUCCUUUCUUUGGUGUGAAUGCCCUUUCAGUGAUAAUCCUAUAGAGUAUAGACCUUUCUAAUUUUAAUCACCUAAAGUUAAUUUUAUAAGUGUUAAGUAGGUACAUAUUAUUAUUGCAAUAAAAGUGUAUUUGUAAUUUACUCGUAGGUAUUUCGAUCAAAUGUCAAUUAUAAUUGUAUAGUGAACAACACUGAAACCAGAAAUAAAUUACCAUAUGGAACUUCGAUGAUUUCAA